UGAAUCCGGUUCCGGCGUGCCGACGACGCCGAUGCCCGUGCCCACUGACUGAUCGCAAGGCUUUUUUACCCGAACAGCACAGAACUGUAGCAGCUGACAGGCGGAUGCGGAGGGGAGGGUCGCCAAACCCGGCGGAAUUCUCACGGUCCGCGGACUAGAAGGCUCUUCUGUCCGAGUGACAGCCUCCCAACAAACAUAUGCUGAAAACUUUCAGCUGUCCGUUUUGACGCGGGGGUGUUUAUUUAGAUUUACAACCCGGUCCGAGAAGCUGUCAUGAUGCAGGUGCAAACUGUGGGCUAACGGUACUGAAAUGACUUGUUCGGCGCUGACGCGAUUCGUUGUGCCAUGCCAACCUCGCAUUGUCAGAUGCCAUUUUACUCUGCGUUUCCCCGGCGUUUGGGUUUCCAUUAUUCUGGGCCUGUUGUAUAAUUAGAAGUUCAUGAGGCAGUAGCAAACAAGCUGGUGCAAUGAGAAGCUACGCUGUCCGAGGAGCAGUGCGCAGUUUGUGCUGAAGCUUAUGGGUCCUGCGUACUCGAGCCCCCGGCUUCCAGUUGGAGAGGUGUGCUGCAGGACUACAGCGCACAGGCUGUCGGCUACACAUCUGGACCGCCCGACUGCUGUCAUCUGCGGCCUGAUCGGACGGGGUACUCCUUGAACUUGUGUGUUUUAAGGGGGUAACUGAGUGAGGUCGCUUCGGGCGGUGUCGUUCUAGCAAGGAGGGGUGUGUAUUUGGCUCGGACUUGGGGUGGCGAUCCACUGGAACGCCACAGUCCAAACCCUGACUGGCUGACUACUCAAGGAAUAAACGCCUGUCCAGCGAUGAAUUUUGCGUAGCCGAGUCACGCAUUUUUAAAGGCAACGCUAGAGUGACAUUGCAGUCUUCUCGCCACAUUGGUUAUUUCUUUGCCAGACUAAAAAAAAAUAAAAGAGUGAAAGUGGAGUAUUGUCCGUCGUACGUCUCAACGCAGUGGGAUUUCUACGUCUGGUCGGCGUUCCCCCCCACCCUUCCCGCGGUGACGGUUAUGGGUCGGAAGCGGUGUGUCGGUGCAGAUUGUUCCAAGAUGGCGGCCGGGUGCUGCGGGGUGAAGAAGCAGAAACUGUCGGGAUCUCCCGGGUCGGGGGGUCCCGGCGGGGUGGGGGCGGGAAGCGGGGUGGCAGGAACCGGACAUUGUGGCUCGGAGUUGGGGAUUGGCUCCUCCGCGACGGUUGCAGCAACGGCGAACGUGAGCAGAGCCAACGGCCUGGGGGGACCCGGAGGUAACGUUAGCGGUAGCAGCGGCGGCACAAACGCUCUGUCCCCUGCCCCGGCCGGCUACUCUACAUCCGGCCUCUCCCCGAACCUCAGCCCAGGACCAGGUUCGGGAAGUGGUGGCAGAAAAAUGGUCGUCUCAGCAGAGAUGUGCUGCUUCUGCUUUGACGUGCUUUAUUGCCAUCUGUACGGAUACCAACCUCCGAGAACACCCAGGUUUACAAACGAUCCCUACCCGCUGUUUGUCACAUGGAAAAUAGGCAGAGACAAACGGUUGAGGGGUUGUAUAGGUACAUUUUCUGCCAUGAAUCUGCACUCAGGACUCAGGGAGUACACCCUUACCAGUGCCCUUAAAGACAGCCGCUUCCCCCCUAUGACAAGGGAUGAGCUGCCUCGCCUCUUCUGCUCAGUGUCUCUUCUCACCAACUUUGAAGAUGUCGGUGAUUAUCUCGACUGGGAGGUGGGUGUUCAUGGUAUAAGAAUAGAGUUUUUCAAUGAAAAAGGAUCAAAGCGCACCGCCACCUACCUGCCAGAAGUUGCAAAAGAGCAAGGUUGGGACCACAUUCAAACCAUAGAUUCCUUACUACGAAAGGGAGGUUACAAAGCUCCCAUCACAAAUGACUUCAGGAAGACCAUUAAGUUAACCAGGUACCGUAGCGAGAAGAUGACGAUGGGGUAUGCAGAGUACAUCGCCCACCGCCAGCACCAUCACUACCAGAACGGCAUUGGGCACCCGGUGCCGUCGUAUAACCAUUAUUCCUGACAGCGAGCCGCAUGACCAAUCAUUGGACCUCUCCGCGGACCUUUUCCCAGGAGAGCCCGCCCCCUCCUGGUCUAGCUAUUUCUACUACUGUACCAUUUUAUGAUGAUAGUUUCCGUUGCCAUGCUGGCCGUCUCACAGACGUUGACAUGGCAACGGGUGGCAGUGAAGCAUCGUUCGAUUAUGGCGAGAAAACCAUGUUCCUUUUGUUUGCCUGUGGUUGAGCUUUUGCAGCAUAUGUAUACCUAUAUCUAUAACCUCACCCCCCUCCAUUCGUUCAUAUUAUUUUGGAAAAAUUAACCAAUAUUAGAUUUUCAUUAAUAUUGCGUUUUUUCAGCAAAGCUAAUCAGGUGUUUGAUUCUGUGGAUGGAAGCGAGUCUCCUUGAGUGGAUUUAGGCUUUGCUACAAUUUUACAUUUACUAACCCUUUUAUUUUUAUCGUCUACUUGUCGUUUCUUUAACUUUACUAUCCAGACGUGUAAUAUCAUGUAGCAAAGGCAAACUGCAGUUCCAAAAGGCUGUGUCCUCACUACUUUCAGUUCCUCUCAAAAACUUGACGGCUGAGGUCGCGCUAGCCUUCUAAACUCUCGUUGUCGUAGUUGGAACUCGUACGUGGGAUAUGUGUGCUCCAAAGUGUAGAUAGGAUUGUGACGCCUUUUGAUCGGCUUUUGCUGAUGCUGUUUAUUGAUUUGGGUCACAAUUGUGUGUGUGUGCGUGUGUGUGUGUGUGUGUGUGUCACUGUGUGUGGAUUAUAGGCUCCACUUUGUCACAAGACGGAAAACCAGUAGAAUAAAUUAGAAAUUGGGUUUCAGCUACAGGCUCAGCUGCAUUUGUUUGGCUACCUAAAAUUUUAAGCUUAUUUCUGAGGGUUUAUUUAGACUUCAAGAAGGCAGAGGAACAAGAAGAUGUACAUGAAGCUUUUGUUUAAUUAAAAAAAAUGGUUUCUUAGUUGGUUUUUUUUCUGCAUUUACUGACAGGGAGUCGCGCUAUAGGGACGUGCUAAAACAAUUUAAAGCCAUACUCUAUCUUCCACAGUUUUGUCCGUUAUCAGAGGCGUUGGGUGCUGAAACGUCGAGCUGUCGCUUCAGCCCAAAACCCUGCCGCUUCACUUAGUUCCUCGUGUCAUCGUGAGAACAUCGUCAUGCAUUUUCCGAUUAUUAACCAUCGUCCCGCAGAGUACGACGUAUAUUUAAGAAGAAGAAGAAAAAAAAAAAGUCGCGCACAAACAGACGUGACCUUACUAACAUGUUUGUGUCAUUUAGAAGUGCAUGUCAUAGUGCGUAGUCGUGGAUACGGCGCCGCCGCUGUUCCCCUCACUCCCGUUGAUCCACGUGUCCGCAGCACAGGGAAUGUUCUAGUUUCUGCCUGUUUCAAUCAGAAGGUUACAGGAAGUGUACAUUUUUUAAAUUUGUUUUAUAAAAAGAAAAAAAGCCAGGGCUUUGUAAAGCCAGUUCUUAUCCAAAUAUUACCCAGGUGUGAGUUUGAGCCACACACACUCUGCUAGUUAGGCGUACUUUACCGAAUGUUCAAUCUAUCGAGGAUCACCAAGUUGUCGGUCUGCGUGUUUCUGUUGCAAACUGGAAUUGUUGUUGUUUUUUUUCGAGAGAGGUUCUUGUUACUUGACCAACAUCUUCUGUCGUAACAGCCUUUUUCUAACUGACAGCUUCUUUCUUUUUACAUAAAUUUUUUUCUUUUAUGCAAAAAUGUCAAGGGCUUUCGGCAAUCCAUCCACAGUAACCCGAAACGAUCCAGAUUUCCAGUUGUGUUGCCUUAAGUUUUUUUUAAUAAAAAGAAAGAAAAAAAUCAACAAAAACGACGGACCAGGAGAAAGUCGCCCUGAGUGUGUCCUCUACUUGAACGGCGUAGACGCUCGUCGUCCGGGAGACUCCGCGCGUGCUUCACUCCAUAUCCUACGCUUAGAUUUCACGUGAUCAACGUUAAAGUCGAGCACCGUUAAAAGUUCCAACCACAAGGGGUCAGCGUUGCGGCCGUAGGAAACCGUACCGUACACUACUACACCAGAAGAAGCCGCAGUCAGGCGCCUGCUCUCCUGGUCCGUCGACUACAGCACAACCUGAAUUUUUCUCUGCUGCAAAACCAAAUUGACCAUGCUCUUUUACAUAUAUGUCUUUGUAUACACAUGCAAUGUAUUUAGUUGCAUGUAUGUAUGAGUAUGAGACCUAUGGUUUUAUCCAUGAUAUGCUUGAUCUAUGGCUUAGACACUCUUAUUAACCAUUAAGAGAUUUAAAAGACAAAUAUGGUGCUAUCAGACCUCAUAUUGGGGUGGUCACAUCUCGUGACUGGUCAUGCGGACUCAUUGAUCAUAUCAUAUAUAUAUAUACUUAACAAUGCGACAUGUAAGAUUUUCUCUGGAGUUGCGUUGCUGCGCGAGCCAAGUUGCGGUGAAGGAUCCGUGAUCUCCGACGCGGACGGAAAGCUUUUUUUUGUCGAGGUGGACUUGGGUGAUUUUUUUUAAACAUUUUAUUUUAUUUUUUUUUGGGGUGGGGGAUCAAUUCCACUCUGGGAAACUGACAUUCUCUCUCGUAAUGAAGAAAGACUCAACAGGCGCUAUGGAAUGUACUGUUAACGGUCACCAGGGGAAUUGAACAGCGAUGUGUAAUAAGAGAAAAUCCUACAUGUUAACCUUGAUAUAUGCAGAUCUGUUCAACAGGUGUUUUUUUGUUUGUUUGUUUUUACAUUUAUGUUGUUUUUUUGUCCUACCAGUGCAAGUCAACACUGUGCAGGUUUGAAAGGACAAGAAGUCACACAUUUUACCUUCUGUACCUUGAUUACUCCCUUCACUGUGGCCCAACCUCAUGGCCUAGUUUGUCAACGUGUGAUGCAUGUCGUUCACUGGCAAGAUGGCGGGAAGAUCCGAGGUUCCCGUUUUAUUUUUUAGUUUAUUUUUCUCUCUUUUUUUGGGAGGCUUUUUAGCUGUUGAAUCGGCUAACCACCUCCAAAAGGGCAACGUUUAAGACGUUAACUAGCAUAAGGUCCUGUUGAGGUCGUUUCAGCCUCUCUUCAUUGAAGUUUACCUCUACAGUGACAUAGAUUUUUAGUUGUUUUUAUUUAGUUUUUCUUUUUCAGUGCUUUUACGCACUGAUCCGACAUUUCGAAUCACUGAUACCUCAAGGAAUCGCAAGGAACGACAUCGGUAGACUGUAGUAGCAGAUCGCGUGUUUUGGUUCCCAUACCAGGGUUUGGAGUUCGGCCUCGGCAUUCCUCGCGCCGCCGUCACCGAGCUCUUUGUCACCUUCGUAUGUUCGACCGAACCAAAGAUGCCAGCGGCCAUGCUCAGAUGCUGCUUUUUUUUUUUUCCAGGCCUGGCUUCCUGUCCUUCCAAAAACAAGCCCUGCUCGUGACUAAAUGUUUCUUCUUCUUUUUUUUUUUUUUGUUUGUUUUUUUGUGCGAUUUCUGACUUGUUAAGCAACCCAGUUCUUCAAUGAAUUGUCAUUGUUUCCGUCUCUGAAGCCGUUCGUGGCGUCAAGAUGGCGAUAAAAUGGGUGCAAAUUGUUGUUACUUGUUUUGUUAGUAUUAUUAUUAUUGCUAUUUUUUUUUUUUUUUUUUUUGUUUUUUCAAAAAUGAAAAUCCCAUGGUGUGCCUCCUAGCUUUAUGGGUGGUUUAUAAAUGUUUGUUUUCCCCCUAAAGACCAGCAGUUAUACUUUGUAUAAAAGAUGGAUUUUUUUUCCUUAUUUUUUAUGCCAUUAAAGAUGAAAAAGCCUGUUUUCUUUACUCGACCCAGUAGCUGCACUGGUAUACAAUCGCACUGAUAGAAGAAUUAAACAAAAGAAAAAAAAAAAAUAA